AUGAAAAUCGAGUUGUAUGUAAAUCAGUUGUCACGCACUGACUGUGGCGGCUACAUUGUGACAUACACAGGCUACGGUGGGAAGCGUACGUGAUGAUCUCUUAGCCAGGUUGAACACGUAAGGCAGGACACAUCAAAACGAAAGAACGAAUUCGGUAUUGGAAGACUUAUUAGAUUCGAUAACAGGAAGGCGACCGGUAAGUGAAGCGAUUUUUCUUUCAUAAUUUGAGUUGUAUUAGAUAUUUGGGGGUUUCGAUUCUCGGUGUAGACUUUCACUGGCGAGGACCCGACUGAUUUGGCCAAAGCCCUUAGGUGUCGACUCUCACAUUGUUGAAGACACUUGAUGUCUACUGCAGGUUCAAUAUAAAGUGUUUUGAACGUUAUCUUUGACCGCGUACUCCAUGCUGAACUCCUUAAAUUAUCUUAGAUAUUCAUGGAUUAACGACGAUCUAGAUAGGUGCAGAAAAGCGCCAUUUGUUUUGUUCGAAUUCGGUCGAGCGAGUUGUCCAUGCUUACUUGAAUUUUGUGCCGGAUCGAAGUCAUCUGGAAGAGGGAAAAGUUGGUGAAGGUAAAAUUCACCUUGAGUUAUAUAUUUCUCCUUAAAAGAAUGACUUCUUAAACGCGGAAAUAGUAAAUCUACUCGAUUUCGUAAAGUUAGCCGAGAUCGAUCGCGUAGACCGCCAACUUAUCCAGCAAACCGAAUUUUGAAAGCGUUCGAUACCGUUUGCAAUCCAAACAAUUCAAUUGCUCAUAGCCCAUUAACGUACUGUAGAAGAAUUGUUUGCAUUUGCUAAAUAGCUUCACGAAGUUUUCUGUUCGUUUGUAGCACUUUUAAACAUUAAUAUUGCAUAGAGAGUAACAAGAUUGACGCCGUCAUUCGUAAGAAAUUUUCGGUUGGAGUAAAGCUUGUCGCUUAAAGCCCAUGGGAGGUGAGUCAAAUGGAUUCGAGGCCUUCCUUCUUUGACGUCUAAACACUUCAAGAAAUAUUGCAACGAGCAUCGUGUUUGCUUUGUUGAAUUGAAACGCAAAGUUAGUCGAGAUAUUGCAAAUCGGUUGCGUGACUGCGCGGAAAUUUAACUUAAAUGACGGCUUGUUUGUUAUUGAAGAGACGAAAAUAUCCUCUAUCUCAUCAGCAGUUUUGAAGAAAAUUCAAGAUAUUCACAUUAAGAAAUGGAACAACGUGUGUGUACGUUUUAUUUUUGUCCGGUAAUGUGUUACGAUGUGAUUGGAACUCAUUUCAAGCAAAAUUACGUGAAUGGCUUCCGUUCGCACAGGAACUUGAAGUUCGUAUUCUGUUUUCCAAAAUCGAAACUGAUAUCGCACUACCGAUGAUUGCAGCAGAGACAACAUGCUAAUGUCACUGUUUUUAAAGUUACAUAUUUUCAUAAGCGGCUUUUUAACUGGAUAGGUAAAGGCUGGCAGAAGCGGGAUCGAAAAGUAAAAAUUUUGGAAGAAAGGAAUUAAUGAAAGGAUCCUGUUUUGAAAACAAGCUAAAUUCUAAAUAAUGACAAUAAUAUGAAUUAUUAAUGUUGGUUUUGGUUGCUAACCUACAUUUAUUUUUGUAUUCGAAACAAUACCAGUACAAUUAUCUUGCAAUGAAAUCUGCAUGGGAAAAGUUUCGAAGAUUUAGGGAAACUGGCAGAUUUUAAUCCAUAGAUUAACGAGAAAAAUUAAAACUUAAGAUUGUUCUCAGGAGUCUGUGGUUAUAUGAUAUGUCAAGUUGGAAUUGACCUGUGGACCCGAGGAUAUAGAAACAAAGGGCUUGGUUAAAACAGUCGCUGCAAAUAAUUUUUUUCUCAAAGAUAUUCAGACCACUAAUAGCCACUUUUUUGGUUGCCAGAGACAUAAUAAAUAACUUAUUAAAGACUAUCACCAUUUUUGAACAUGACAAAUACAUUAUUUGCUACCAUGAAGCUAGGGCUGUCCCUAAGUGCUAUUUAACCCCUUACACCCUAAGAUUGAUCAAUAUGCAAACUCUCCUUACUGCUCUCUAUACAUUUCUUAUGGCACUUAAAGCAGUAUUUAUCUAACAAUCAAGAGCUUCUUGAGUCCGUGAUCUAUAUCCUAACAGUAUCAGUAGUAAUAUUGUUAGGAGAGGUGAAAUAUGUAUUAUUCACUCUUAGAAGUUGAAGAGUGAAGUCAGCAGAGAUGUCUUAGCAGUUCUGACCUCCACCAAUAUGAAUGCUGUGACAUAAUUUACUAAAAUUAAAGUCUAUGCGCACAAGGUGGACAAGAAUUAGCUCAGGACUUCUUAUAGGUGCCUACUCUUUUAAAGCAAGAGCACAAGUUUUUUCCUCAUCAGACAGUCUCUUGGUUUUGUGUAGAGAAGUAUUCUGCUAUGUUGAUUAAGGAACAUAAUAUUCUAACAGGGAAACUUGUAGAUGAAAUGUCAAAAUGAGGUUCCUUAAGGUGUAUAUGUGACUCUUUUAAAUUUUAUUCGUCCUAUUUUAUUUGACUUAUUUUAUUCUCAUUUUGAAGUAUUCUUAUUGAACAGUCUCAGGAAAAAAAUGUUUCCUAUGAACAUCAAUAUCAUUUUCUUACUGUUUAGAUAUUUGUGAAAUAAUAAUAUUUCUCCUUUCUUUAAAACAACAUCAUUGCUCACAUGUAAAAUUAUAAAUAAUGCCAUGGUAAGUGGGGUUCUUUCAUGUAAUCCUCAUUAUCAAAGCUUUCUCAUGACAAAGGUUAAUUAUAAUUUACUCUAAAAGAGAAGGUUUUUUUGCUACAGAAUGUACAGUAGCAAAUUGAAAUAACUUAUUUUUGGACACAUCCUGGCCACAUUUGGGUGAUCAUAGUCUUUUAUUGUUUAGUCAAUAUCUUUAAAACUGAAAAAAAGAUAAAGGUGUUUCAUGGCACAGUGCACGCACACCAAACUCCUUCUUCAUCAACUGCUUCAGCUUUGAAGCCAAGUUUUUGUAAGCACCAUCUCGUUUUAAGUCAAUCGUGUGUUUAGCUUAUGCAAUCAAAACAGGUUUGUGAUCAAGAAAGCCGCUCAACUUGUUUUGAUGAAUCUGCAAUCGGUUGCUGGGAUACUGAGUGGUGUCCAGUAUCUCUCGGUAAUUAUAGUGCCUCAUUGCGCAUGUGUCGAUUAAAACUGGAAUUCUUAAUGAAUUACACACUUUGUCCGUGUUGAAGUCAGAAUGGUGCAGAAGCGUGGAAAGAUGGGGAAAAAAAAGCUAAGUGUCUUUUUUUUUUAACAAGGUAUUAACCCCAGAACUUCAGAUUCCAUUCUUUGAAGGUCUACCAUUGUACUACAGAGAACCUGGUUGUGGCCUUAAACUCACCAAAGAGUUUGUAAUAAGUCAGUAGUAGAUAUUGCAGCAUGAAAUUAUAAGGAGUGGAGUGUGCAGAAUCAAAGUUCUCCUUUGUCCCUUGCUGGUGAUAAGAUGAAUAGCGUCAUUCUUUGAUCAACAAUUAGUAUUCAUGUAAUAGAGUGUGAUUUUCAGUAAAAAAAAGUUUUUUGCCCUUGUUCACCAGGUGUAAUAAGACUUUUUAAAGCUCAUGCAAAAAUAUUCCACAGGAAAAAGGAAUCAUUAUUGGAUUGUAUAUUGCUAUAGAUUUUAAAUUAUCAGGCACAUGUAUACUUUGUAUAAUAAUAAUAAUGAUAAUAAUAAUGAUAAUAAUAAUAAUGAUAAUAAUAAUAAUAAUAAUAAUAAUAAUAAUAGCGUCCCACCAUAGCGUCCCACCAUGGUACUCACCAUCAACGCCGAAACCUGAGUACCACAACACCAAAGCAAGCGCAUUCUGGGAUGUACCAGUAUUUGCAGAAAAUACGGAAGUAAGAGCCAACCGAAUAGAUGUCAGGAUAGUUGAAAAGGAGACAGAAACAGUAAAGAUCAUAGAGAUGAGUUGCCCCUGGAUAGAAAACAGGAAGCAGAAGAAUCAAGAAAAGACCACCAAAUAUGCACCCUUAUGAUGGGAACUCAAACAACAGCACAAGGGCUACACCAUCAAGCAAUAUAACAUCAUUAUAGACGUUUUAGGAGGAUAUUCGUCAGAAACGAGAGAGAAUGUUAUACUACUUCUUGGCAAGACAAAAGCUGACAAGACCUUAUUUAACAUGCAAAAGGCAGUAAUAUCAAGUACACUGAACAUUACCAGAUCAUUUAAAGUACUUUCAUAAUAGUUCAUUUCAACAAACAAAUCCUUAUAAAAACAUAAUAUUAAUCAAGUUUUAUAAUAUUUUUAUGAAAAGUCUUAUUAGCUAAUUACUUAAAUAUAGACAUUUUUUAUAUCUUUUAAUAUUUUAAGAAUUUCAAAAAAAUUUUUUUUUCUCUUUUUUUUUUUUUUUUUUUUUUUUUUUUUGAUGGACAAAAGCGAACAGUUAUGGACACUAAUUUUUUAAUGCAUAUAAACAAAUUAGAUAUAUAGUUUUAGAUGUGUAAAUAUAUAUUUAUAGGUUUUGUUUUCUCGGUCACAGCUAGCCUGCCCGACUUAACGUAAUCAUGCCUAGGCAUACUUAAGUAUACACUGCCACGAUAAUACCUGUAUAGCGCCAAUAUCAAUAUUGCCAUUUUCAUCAGCGCUUAAAAAUAAAAAUAUUUCAAAAAGAGUUAAAACAAUUAUGUGAACACUAAAACUAUAUGAAAAAUCAACUUUUAAAUCACCUUUGAAACCCUGGACAUUAUUCAGGCUCCUGAAUUGUUGUCCACCCUUUCACCCCCAAAAUCUCAGUAGUAAUUCUCCUUACUGUCUGCGAUAUAAUUUUUGGUAGUUUGGAGAAUUUGUUAUUGGAUCAACUAAUAUUUUCCUAAUUGAUAUUUUUCUUGAUUCUUGUCACUUGUGUGCUUGUUAUUGCAUUGAUAUUGCAAGGAGAAAUUCUGUCUUGGUCUCUCAUUGGAGUUGAAGCAUUGAGACUUCUUUGACAGUUGCAUUAGGAAGUUUUCUUGGAUCAAAGGAUCAUCUUUGUUUCUUUAUUUGCUCCAGGUUGCUGUGGCAUCAGUAAUGACCAACAACAAUGUGGUAACCCUCAGUUGGUUAUUGGCUCAAGAUCUGCCCCAAGCCUACAUCUUUACUGAGAGACCUUCAACAUUCAACCAUAAUGCAACCUUUGUUAAUGAUAAGAAAUAUGUCAUCCACGACUACUUACCAAACAUAACAGAAGACAACAGGCACCUCAAGGCAAUGAGGGCAUGUCCUGUGGCUGGAAGUAAAUUUCCUAUCCUGGUAACACGGGACAUAAAUCCGCUUAUUAGAGAGGUAAGACUACCACAAGUGAUUGAAAGAUAACUUCUCCUUACAAUAUCCAUACAUUAUCUAGCAGGCUGAGUUUGUUAUCUUGAUCCAACACCAAAUUCUCAUAACUAGAAUUUUCAUUCUGGAGUCUAUUUUUUAAAAUGUUUUCUUCUUGUUUGUUUUCUAUUUAUGAAAGAGCAGUAAAGUUUAAAUCGAAGUUCUGAUUUAAAAAAAAGGAAUUUGACGAAUUUGUUUGAAAAACUAACAGUCUUACCUGUAUAUUUUCAUGUUUCUGAUGUUUCUUUUUUUCUGAAUUCGAUUAGCACUGGUCAAAGUGGUUACCAUUUUUUCCUAAACCUGAUAUAAGAAUCUUCGACAAAGAAGACACAGGAGACAGACCGUUGAUCGUCAAUUUCCCUUUCCAAAGUUUCCCCGCAAAUAAGCACGCCGUCAAUCCUGACGUUCACUACAAGCUUAGCUCCAAGGCCAGAAUUCCCGAAAUGGGGGCGCCGUGUCCCAGGCACAUGUCACGUGAUAAUUAUACCCUCCCUUGCAUUAUAAAGGCUGCACAAGGGAAGGGGAAACGCGGAACUUUUCUCGUGAAAACAGAGGAGGAAGUUACAGAAGCUUUAAAUGAGCUCAGUAAUAAUUUCUGCGAUGCGGAACUUGUGGUGACGGAAGUGAUAGAAAAUGUCUCUAAAUGUCUCCUUGCUCAGCUGUACAUCUUUCAAAAUGGACUUUUCUACUGGUUAGGCGUCAAGUGCAAAUCGAACCUACCAUUUGUUAAGCGACCCGAGGGCUACAUCCCGACUCCCGACGUCAACUGGGACGAGCAGGAAGAGCUGGAAGAGAUGUUGCGUGACGUUGUGCAUCCAGUCACGCAAUACCUUCACGGAAAUGGUUACUUUGGAUUUACUGGGGUAGAGAUUUUAGUCAACGAUAAAGGGUGUUUUGUGGUUGACGUUAAUCUCAAAAUUGCCUCAUCGACAAAUCUUCUUUUGAUCGCACCUCAUAUGGCUGCUUUAAAUUUUCCGAUUUCUUAUGUCAUGGAAAUUUUGCCGACUAACAUCAAACAUUUACUCGAGGCUAUAGACAGUUUAAACCAUCAGGGAGAUGGAAGGGCGAUUCUCUUGGCUGAUGGCGAGCUCUCCGUAGAAAUUCAACACAAAGCUUGCGUUGUGAUCUUUGCGAAAAACUGCGAAGACGUCUUCAAAUUUCAACGAGAACUUUUAAAGGUUGCCGGUAAUGAAAUUUCUUCCGGCACUAGUUUAGGUCCGUAG